AUGACUUCUUGUGCCAAAAGUGACGAUCAGUUCAUUCAAAGCAUUCAAUUGUUUCACAUUUUCGAUGACCCGAAAGGGUAUAACAUAUUAGUGGUGACCGACAAACACCUCGUCUACGGCUUGGGAUCCAAUUCCCGGGGAUCUCUCGGUUUGGGACACAACCUGACCGUCAAUUCCCCCACAAUUAUACCGGAAUUGUGUCACAAGAAUAUUCUGCAAUUCUUUACGGGACACGACUUUGCCUUAGCUAUAGCCAGAAACAGACAUGUGUACGGGUGGGGUAGCAAUAAGAGGGGACAGUUAGCCCGUGAACCCGGAAAGGGUUAUUACAAACCAUCCGAAAUACCAGUGCUUAACGACCUAAAUGUGUGCCAAAUAUCAUGCGGUUAUGAACACGCGUUAGCCCUCACGAGCACAGGUAGUGUCUACGGGUGGGGCGAUAAUGGUUAUGGACAGGUAGGCACUGAACACGUGAUACUUAGAGGGCCGACAAAACUGAAUGUCUAUCACAUAAAAAGUGUGUUUUGCGGCCAUUUCUCGUCGUUUGCCAUCACUUGCGAGGGACUGGUAUUAAGUUGGGGUCGAAAUGAUAGCUACAGUUUGAGUCAUAACUUGCUGGGUGUGGAGGCAGUGGUACGCAAACCCCAACGGAUUACCGGUUUAACUGAUGUUAAGGGUGUCGGUGCCCGAGGGGACGGUCGCACCACGUAUUGGCUCACAGACGACGGCUUUGUGUACUUUUGCGGUGAAUAUAGCGAUGAAAGCGGUGUUAAAGUCAGGCAAAGUUCACCGAAAGUUGUGAAUACCGGUGCCGAGUGUCAGGACCUACGGGUGAUAGAGGUGAACGGUCACCAGACGGUGGUUGCCGUUACCAAUGAGAAUAUUCUUGAGAUUCUGGACACGAAUGAAGUGAUUGCCACGGAUUACGAGAAUUUGUUUGAUUAUUGUGUCGACGAGUUUCGGAUCACUUUAGAGACCAUUAAUUUCCGGGAAUUUAAGAGAUUUAAUUACAAUACAAAGCGCCAUUUUAUGAACAAAUGUCACGAGUUUUUGGGCAAAAUGUUUGUCCAAGUUCAAUUAUCUAUUUAUGACAGUCUUCAGACAAUUCUCGAUAAAAAACACAAAGCCUUCGGUCGAGAUUUGGGUCAACCCAUGGGUUCAGUCGAGGCAUUCAUUUCGUGCCAAAUAUUCAAAGAACUCUUAGAAUGCGUUCAGUAUUUGCAUGGAUUGGAGCCACCGGUCACUCACCGGGACUUAUAUCCCGAUAAUAUUCUGGUGACCCUACGCCCGCACGCGUCCGAUAAGGGUAACCCCAGCUACCAGGCCCCUGAAAUCUACCAUGGGCGCCUAUAUGACCAUAAAGUGGACCUGUACAGUUUGUACAGAAUUGGCGAAAAGUUAUUUGACGUCAAUUUGGAUUAUCCUUGCUCGCAAUCGUAUUCAUCGGACAAUGAAAUAGUCAACAAAUGUAUGGAUAAUGUGAAGCAAGUGUUGCAUACGAUGUCGUACUACAACUGGGAAUACCCUAAUCAACCCAAACCCGGUACCCAUGACUGGACAGACAGGCCCUCGUACCCGAAAGGAUAUAACAUAUUAGUGGUGACCGACAAAGGCCUCGUCUACGGCUUGGGAUCCAAUUCCCGGGGAUGUCUCGGUUUGGGACACAAACGAGUCGUCAAUACCGCGACUAUUAUACCGGAAUUGUGUGACAAAAAUAUUGUGCAAUUCUGUACGGGACACAACAUUUGUAUGGCUAUAAGCUCCAGUGGGCGGGUGUAUGAGUGGAGGGAAUGGACGUCUUAUAAACCCCUCGAAGUGUCCGGUUCUGAAGACCAACAAGUCUGUCAAAUAUCGUGCGGUUAUGGUCACUCGUUGGCCCUCACGGGCACCGGUAGUGUCUAUGAUGUGUUUUGCGGACAUUUCUCGUUGUUUGCCAUCACUGAUGAGGGACUGGUGUUUAGUUGGGGUCGUAAUGAAUGCUUUCAAUUGGGGCAUAAGGCAUGUUAUGGUAAGAAAAUACGGCUCGCGUUGGAGUGGUAUCAAGAGGGAGUGGUUUCUGAACCGCAAUUGGUAGCUGAUGUGACUCGCAUUAAAUCUAUAGCCGCCGGGAGUCGGGCCACUUAUUGGCUCAGAGACGACGGGUUUGUGUAUUUUUGCGGUCAAUAUAGCGAUCAAAGCGGUAGCAAAAUCAUUCAAAACGAGCCGAAAUUGUUGGACAACAUCGCCGACUGUCAGGAACUACGGAUGAUUUGGGCGAACAAUGAGCACAAGGCUAUUGCCCUAAUAAACGACAGGGUUGUCGAGAUUGACGGCAUGAAUGGUGUGAAACAAACGCAUUACAAGAAUUUGUUUCAUUAUUGUCUGCACGUGUAUCGGGUGACUCCCGAGACCAUGAGUGUGGUGGACAACAAUUAUUACGAGUUUUUGAGUGAAAUGUUCAAGAUAAUUCAAUUGGGAAUCAUUUUCACUCCAAGCCAAUUACAUUCUGGUCUUACAUUCCCGAUUUCUGAAUACGAGAACUUGGGCGAAUUAGGUACAGGAUCAUUCGGAACCGUAUAUAAAAUGAGAAAUAAAGGCGACCGCGAAGAAUAUGCUAUUAAAAAGAUUCCCGCAACAGGACCAGACAAAACGGACCAAGCUCAGAUUCGCAAGGAAAUAGAGAACUUAGUGCGGGUGCGCUCGCAAUAUUGUGUUCGUUACGUGUUUUCAUUUUAUUAUUUGGAUUACUGGUACAUUAUAAUGGAGUUGUGUUCGGACAGUCUUCAGACAAUUCUCGAUAAAAAACACAAAGCCUUCGGUCGAGAAUUGGGUCAACCCAUGGGUAUAGUAGAGGCUUACAUCUCGUGUCAAAUAUUCAAAGAGAUCCUAAAAUGUGUGGAAUAUUUGCACGGAUUGACACCACCGGUCACUCACGGGGAUUUAUACCCUGCUAAUAUCCUAAUAAGUCAAGGAUUUUACACUUGCUUUUACAGUCGUUGCAACGGCAGUCAUUUUAAAAUAUGUGACUUCGGGUUGACUACUAUUCGCGAACACAAGUCCGGUAGAUUGGGUAAUGUUAACUACCAGGCCCCAGAGAUUGGUCGUGGUGAGCAUAAUCAUAAAGCGGACCUAUUUAGUAUCUACAAAAUUGGUGAACAGUUAUUUGAUGUGGAAUUACCAUGUUUGAAAACGGAUGCUUCACUAUCGUAUUCAUCGGAUAACGAAUUGGUGAACAAAUGUAUGAUAAAUGUAAUGUUCGUAUUGCAAUCCAUGUCGUACUACAACUGGGAGUACCCGCAAAACCCCGACACCCUUCACUGGAAAGACAGGCGUGAAUGCAGUGAAGUGUUGCAGACUUACAAAGAGUGGACACUUUGCAAACAUGAUCUGCUAUGGGAUCCCAAAGUCGAUGAAAUAGUGACCCUUUUCAGUGUGAAUACAAAUCAGGGCAGCAUUAUCACUCUAAAACUCACCAAUGCCCACAAUGCCUUGGAUGCCUUUUAG